AUCAGCUGAUGUCGUUUUCAAUGCCAGUGCUGUAGCGGGACAGUGAUGGCAGAAGGCCGUGGCACACGGCACCGCAAGCGCCAGCGGCACCGCAGCAGAAGCCAAGGUCGCCCAAGCAGCGGUAGCCACAGGUCGCAAAGCGUCCAGGGCGCAGGCUCAAAGCGGGAGCGGCGCAGGCGCCAGGGGCGAGCCAGUGGCAGGCGCACCCGCUCGGGCGAGAGGUCGCCUCGGCACCGCGAUGGCGGGCCGCCGCACAUCGAGGUGGAGCCGGGCACGGCGUUGGGCGAAGAAGGCCGCUACGUGGUGGAGGAGGUCUUCGGAGAUGGCGCCUCUGGGCGCGUGCUUGGCUGUUGCGACAAGAUGACGGGGGAGAUGGUGGCCGUGAAGGUGGCCAGACCUGCCAGACGCCAGCGGAGGCACGCUGAAACCGAAGUGGCCAUGCUGCAAAAGAUGCAGCGCCACGACCGCGAGCUGGCACAGCGCCACGUGGUGCGCCUUCUGGACGUCUUUGAGCAUGAGCUGAGCUUCUUUUGCAUCGUCAUGGAGCCGUUGGCCAUGAACCUGCGCGCCCUUCUGCAAGAGGGCGAGGGAGGGCUCUACAUGGCCGACAUCCGACUCAUGGCGUUGCAGUUGGUGCAAUGCCUGGCUUUCUUCAGCAGCAUGGGCCUGGCGCAUGGUGACCUGAAGUGCACCAACGUCAUGCUGCGGAAGCCAGACUUCGAGCUGCGCCCGCACCCGAGGCUGUCGGAUCCCGACGCCAUGGCGGCCAGACCGCGGUGGCCCUUUGAGGUGGUGGUCAUUGACUUUGGCUUAGCCAACGUCACAGAGCCGGAAACCAGUCCGGAGGCUUUCCUGUUCACACGCGAAGGCCCAAAGAGCCGCCUGCGGGUGGGCGCGCGACACAUCCGAGCGCCGGAGGUGAUCCUGGGCCUGGACUGGGGUUGUGCUGCCGACCUUUGGAGCCUCGGUUGCUUGCUGGCGACGGUCUACACGGGGGAGCGCCUUUUUCCGGCACCUCGGGACAACGAAACCGCCACGCCUGACACCGCAGCCGACGUCGUUUUUUCGCCUCAGGUCCAUGAUGAGAUGGAGCACCUGGGGGCGGUAGAGCUCCUUGCCUCCUUGCCUCCUUGCCUUGUGUCAGUGGAGGGCCGUUCCCAACUCGAUCUCAGGCACGUCACCCAGCAGCGCAUCCCGACCUACAUGGCCAGCCAAGUUGCAGAACGAAUCCUGGAGAAAGGCGUGGCUUUCGACCCGGCGGGCCGCUUACUGUGGCCUGACUGCGCCGACAACGACCAACAGGUACAGCAUGUAGAGGAUAUGCCCACUGUCACAGAGUUUGUGCUGGAGAGGCAUCAUCACUUCCUCGCAUUUCUGCAAGGCCUGAUGGACAUCGACCCCAGGCGACGCCUGACAGCUACCAUGGCCUUGCAGCAUCCUUUUCUCCACAAGGAGCUUGUGACCGAGCUGGACAGUGAGGAGUGACUGUCACCGGCGGCAUUCCCAGCGGCCCAUGGCCGUGCACUAUAGGCAUUUGGCACAGGGUCAGAACAAUUAGCUGCGAUUCGGCCGUCCAAGAUGGCGCCACGGACACUGCAGAUCAGACUUGCCAGCAUAGCGCACGUCAGACGGUGUC